GACUACUCCUUAAUUAUUUUUACAAUAAAUAACGCUUAGUUAUUGUUAAAUUGCAGCAGAGAUGGAUCCAGCAGCUCCAGGCCCUCUCGACCCUAGUGUGCUGACGAUGCAGGCGGAUCAUAGGAGCAGUGUGCUAUGGGAUGUCCAGGUGUCCGACACGGAGACCAUGUACACCCGGCAUCCCGAUUCUACUCCGUGGGCGAUUGACGCACGGAUCUUCCCAUACCUUCAGUUCGCAAGGUUGUAUGACUUCCACCUUAUCGCGUACGGGAGAAUCGAUCGGGCGCUAGUCACGGCUUUACUCGAGCGGUGGCACUAGGAAGCCCAUACUUUCCACCUACCUCUAGGUGAGGCUACCGUCACCUUACUUGACGUAGCUGUGCUUACACGGCUUCCCAUCGAGGGACAUGCCAUGUGCACCGAUGGACGCCAACUCGAAAGUUGGCAAGACAAAGUCUAUAGAUUAUUAGGAGUCCGACCUCCAGCAGAGGUAACCAAAGAAAGUAGCCUGCGCGUACCAUGGCUUGCGCAGAACUUCUCGCACCUCCUUGAAGGUGCUGAUGACGCCACCAUUGAGAGAUACGCCCACCAUUGAGAGAUACGCUAGGGCGUAUCUCUUAUAUCUGAUUGGUCAACUGAUGAGGAGUGUGGGACGUGGUGCAUUUGUGCCACCAAUUCUUUCACCCCCACAUGUGCCGUACGGAUCGCGGUGGUCCUUUGAAAGACGAACAAGGACCCACACAGGAUCGGGCGUGGGUUUCUACCGCGAUCAACUCGAUCUACUACGCACUGACCAGUUAAGAGCUUCACUACAACUUGUUUUGUAACUAUCACAUUGCGUAAUUUAUUAAUCAAAUUUUCAGCUUUAGUUUCGCUAGGACCCUUACCCCGCUGAGGCUUACGCUGCAUUGCCUCAGCACUCGGGCAUAUUGUCAGGGGCGUGGAGAGCAUCUGUACCUCUGAUCUGCUUCGACAUAGUCGAAGUGUAUCUCCCUGAGCGCAUACUGCGCCAGUUUGGGAUGGUACAGGGGAUCCUGCCGCCAUAUGACACAGAGGCGGAGCUCCAUAACUCUCGCAAGGGUCGGGAGCACAAGAACUGGCUGGAGAUCAACGUGCGCCAUGUUGCUCGUUGGGAGCACAGGCUAGAGCUGCUGGCCCAAGGUGCGCCGAUCGAGGCUGUAGGCGCACCUACUUCUGCGGAUUACAUGUCGUGGUUCCUCUCCAUCACUCGUCGAUGGAUGACACCAUGAGGUAUCAUGGCGGCAGCCUAGUACGCUUCUGCAGCACCGACGAUGACACACUUUGCACAGGGCAUUGCUUCAGUCAUCAGCUCCACCCAAGAGGAGCCCGUACGGGAGAUUACCCAAGGCAUACUCCGAGGGACGCAGUUUCAACACUUCAUUCCGGAAGUGACUGCGCCCCACACCACUAUGUACGAGUACGGGUCAUCUCCUCAUCAUGCCGACGUUCAUCUUGAGGAGGUUGACUUAACGUGCCCGGACUACGGUGCAGGUUCCUCACAGGGUGCCACAUCAUCAACGUAUCAAUCACCUCCCCUACCCGAGCGUCAUGCGACGGCCUCUUACUAUCGUAGGAGGCAUCGUAAACCGUCAUAGUUAGACAGGGUACAGGAGGAGGAUUAGCAUUAGAAUACUGUUUGUAUAUUUUGAACAUUUGUACAUACUCAAUAUUU